AUUAAUAGUAGUGUGAGAAGUAAUUAUUUUUGAAUGGAAGUGUCUGCAUCAUUGAUCCUGAAGUUCUCCAUAUAAAAGAAGGAAGAUGCCAACGGACAACUUAUGGGAUUUGGCAGUAGAGCAAGCUCAGAAAGAAGAAGACGUAACCAGCUGUCACAAAGAUUCUACAGUUGUAUUUGUUGGAAGCAAGCAAGGAGGUAAGACAAGCAUUAUUUAUCGUUUCGUGGAACGUGCUGAGAAUCCCAAGCCAACAUUAGCUCUUGAAUAUCUUUUUGGACGACGCAGUAGAGGAUUAGACACUGUUAAAGAAGUAUGUCAUAUGUGGGAGCUAGGUGGUGGAACUUUAUUCACUCAGCUUUUGGAAAUUCCAAUAACUAUGGAGUCUCUAAACACAUUGAGUAUUGUGCUAGUUCUAGACUUGUCAGUUCCAGAGGAAAUGUGGUUUACAAUGGAAACACUUCUGCAUGCUGUUCGCUCAGAGAUCAACCAGGUGUUGAACUCUUCUGCUGCCAAAACUGUUGGGCUAAAGGAGACAUUGAUGGAUCUAGCUUGGAAACGUAUUGGAGAGGACCAUAUGGAUAAAGAUAUGAUUGACCCAUUUCCUGUUCCUCUUCUUAUUUUGGGAACAAAAUAUGAUAUCUUUCAAGAUCUUGAUCCAGAAAAGAAGAAAGUGAUUUGCCGCUGUUUGAGGUUUGUAGCUCACACCAAUGGGGCUGCUCUGCAAUUUGUUAGCACAAAAGUUGAAAAUUUGGUUACAAAAGCUCGAGUGGUAAUCAGCCACAUGGUAUUUGGAACACCAGCAAGUUAUUCAGGAAACAUGCCAUUAUCUGACGAGGAUCCAGGGAAAUCUUACAGCAGAUCAGUUGACCUCUGGAAACACACAUUCACAACUCAUUUUCCUCAAGUGGUUAACAAGGCAGCUCCUCCUGAUGACCCUGCUAAAGAUCCCAACUUUAAAGAAAGGGAUGUUGACAUGAUUAGAUCUCAAAAAGACAAGGAAUUGGAACAAUACAGAAGAGACUUAGACCACAAGAGGCAAGAUUGGGAGGCCUUAAACUUUAUGUAGUCAUACUGUAUAAAUACUUGUAUUUUUGGCACUGUGUUCACAUGAUUUUAACACUUUUUAUCAGCUGAAACCAUAUAGGCCGUUUAUUUUAAUGUGAACUUUGAACUGUGCACUUAAAGCACAUUGUAUUAUUUAACAUUAUGUUAAAAUUGUUUAAACAUAUUGUUAAAUUAUUAUGUGAUCACAGUUUGGCUCAGUAUAACUGGUGAUAGAAGGACACGUUUGGUAUAUACAGGAAUAACUGGACAAAAUAAGACAUUAAAAUAAGCUUUUAUGUAUUUGCAUGUCCAGUAUCACAAAUUGGUGUAUUUUACAAAACUGAAUAUAAUUCAUAAACAAAUGUAUAGUAGCUGCCUAUCCCAACAUUGUACCACUGAUGUCCUAGAUAAGUAUUGCACUAAUACAUUUUUAUCAUUCUUUCAAACACCAGCAUAUAACCAACAAAAGCCAACUUUCUGUCUAUGCCCUAAAAACUGGGUUUUGAUAUUUUGAUACCUGUUGUGGGCAUUGCACAGAUAGCCCGUUGUGUAGCUUUGUGGUUGAUUACAAACAGUUUAUUGAUUGUGUAACUUUAGUUAGCUUGACAUACAAAUAAGUAGUUUCCAACAAGUUUCUGUUUAUUCAUAUAGUCUGUAUUAGGAAAAUAUAUACAGUGAAACAUUGAAAGAUAAUUUCAAAAAAGAUCUUUACAUCCAGAGUAGUGGGAAAAUUUAUUAGAACACCCCAUUUUUCCUGUAGUUUUGAUAUGUUGUGCCAUUGAAAUAAAACCAAUUUAGUUUAAAAUGUUGGGGAAAAGAAAGAUUCAAAAUAAGCAAAAUUGUUGAUUUUUUUCACUGAAUCUAUGACUAAUGAAAAGCAACAGAAGAUUUUUUUUAAAAGUUGUUCAAGAUGUUUCAUCUGAAUACAAAGUGGUAAAAUAUUGUAACACAUGACUGCAUUUAGUUUCUGUACCAGUCACAACUGACAAAAAUGUUAAUUGGAUUGAAGAAAAAUUUAAAAAGACUUUGACUAUUCACCAAGUACAGUGAAGUAGGUAAGCUAGUCACAAUUAAUUCCCUGAAAAAACACAGAAAAACUGUGAAAAACCUCAGUGAUGACCAUAACAAGUCAGAUAAAGUUUCAAAAGGUACAGUCUCAAGAAUUCUGCAGAAAUGUGGCCUUUGAGGAACAGUAGCAGCAUUAAACCCUUCAGUACAUAAAGAGAAUACAGCAAAGAGACUAGCUUUAGAACAGUAGUAUAAAGUGGUUUGGACAGAGAAGGCUAAAUUUGAAUUGUUUAUUCUAACCAGCAUUUAAAUGUUUACCAAAGAUUUAAUGACAGGUUGCAGAAGGAGUGCCUUGUGGUAACAGUCAAGCAUGCAGAAGUCUCUGUAAUGGUUUGGAGAGCAGUAUCUAAAAUGGUGUUGGCCAUCUUCACAAAAACUGAUGGAAUCAUGAAUUAUCAUAAGCACCACAGUACAUUAUUCUACAUACUAUACCAGGUACUCUGGAAAGAAGCUGAUUGGGCAAAAUUUUAUAUUUAAAGAAGAUAGUGUUAAUGACCCCUUUCACACUUCCAAAAAAUGUUGUGCUUGUUUGGCAAAUAAAGAAUGCUCAUGAGAUAUCCAGUGAAUGGAAUAGCUGCUACAAAGUCCAGACCGUAAUCUCAUAGAACAAAUCUGAAAUUUACUGGACUUUAUGCUUGGCAAAAGUACCAACUGUAAUAAAAAAAAAAAAAAGCCUCUGAUCACGUUUUCAAGAAAAAUGUAAUCAAAUUAACCAGAGACUUUGAGUAAAUACACAGGCACAAUGCCACAAAGAUGGCCACAAUUACAAUUUAUUUCUAUAACAAAUUUUGUGUGUAAAGAUUAUAUAAUGAUAAUUCUUUAAGUUAUUAUAUAUAUAUAUUUGCACACUAUUGUAUAUGUAAUAGAGUAUUGAUUCAAUAAAUUAUGAAAUAUAAUACAUGUAAAUAAAAUAACUAACAAAAUAGUGUGAAGUAUAAAAGUAUACUAUAAAUUAAAUAAUGUAUGGAUGAUAUGUAUAGGUUUUUUAGGUAUCUGUUGAAGUAAAAUCCCUCUG